AUGCCAUUAGUACCGGGGCCACAGCAGUUCUUCAUGAACCAUCACCCGACGCCCAUAUCGCUGGACGGCUGGAAGUCACCGCAUAGUAACACAUUGGAGCACAACCUCAAAAACAAGUCCCACCACAACCUGAUACCCUACCAGAAUAACCUGGACAAUAUCAAUAAUAGCGGCGACUAUAACAACGAGCCCACGUGUCUCAUGAGGACAGCCUCCGGCUCCCUAUACAUACCCAACGAGAGUCUCAAGGGAAUGGUAGGCAAUCCGUUACAGGUGGCUAACGACUACAACACUGGCGGUACGAUACCGAUGAAUGAGUCUAAGAAAAAUAUUGAUAGUCAACUGCCAUCGGUGGUGCCCAUGAGGAACCACUUUGGACGGCGCCCACUGGGCUCACACCUGUCCACAUCCCGGUUCCAAUUGGGCAAAACCCUGUCCGCCAUGUCCUGCAGCUGGCGGUGCACUGCCAUCGCAUUCAUGAUACUAUCGUUGGCCCUCUUCAUCGCCAUCACGUUUGUCAUCAGCUCCGCCCUGUCGUCGGUGGGGUUGAGAGACACGUCCAACUGCGCGGUGAUGGUCGACGACAUGACUGUCCAAGAGCUUAAAAACCCCGGUGCGCUGGGAGGCAUUGGUGGUGACGGCAAAAGUAAGAGAUCCGUAGCUAUCGGUGAUAGCGAUGUCGAUGUAUUACUAACACAAUUGCAUGAAUCGCAUGAUAAUCAUCGUAAUAACAAUCACUUGAAUCUCAUGACAAACACAAUUAGUGGUAAUGAGGGCAGCGCUACCGGUGCUGUUCAUGUUGUGGGUACCGGUGAUGGUGUGUUGAUUAGCGCCGGCAGUGGUGACCACUACUUAACGAGCGACAUAUCCACCGAUUCCCUCAUAAUUGAUGAGAAUCUGGACAAUGAUAAUGGCGUACAACUGCCCGUACAGUCGCCGCUCAGACAGUUAGAUACCAGUGCUUUGAAUAUGAAUUUAGAUAUUAAUAAUAAGUUUGUGGUCGAAGUGGACGACAAGCAUGUGUUGACCUCCACGACCACUAUUACCACCAGUAUGCCUAAACCUCUACCGGCGAAGACGUUACCCCCGGAAGCAAACAAGUUAACUGAAGUGCAGUUUGGCAAAAGGGUUGGCCAUCGCGUGCCAUCGUAUGAGCACUGGAACCUCCACUUCCAUCAGUCGGACCCAUCGCUGGUCAAAUUCAAUCUGACGCUCCCAUUGGGCGCUACGGUCGGCGUAUACGCGAGUCGUGAGACCGUCCCCUCGCACACCAAAUACGACUUCAUGGAGAUCGUGGGCCGACUCAUGGGCGGUGUCGGCGCCGCCAACGACCGGCUCCAGUCCCGCGAGUUCACCCGUUUCCUCGACAGAGGCAACUGGUUUGUCGCCAUCUAUAACGACGCGCUCAUGACGAUCGACAUGUCCCUCGUGUUCGCCAUCGCCGACGAGUCCAACAUCCCGUGCCCUUUCGACUGUCACGGGCACGGCGUCUGUGUGAUGGGUCAGUGCAAGUGCGACGACGACUACACCGGAGAUAACUGCGCCUACAGGGUCUGUCCCGUCCUGUGCUCGGGUCGCGGCCAGUAUGCGAACGGUGAGUGUCAGUGCACUUCCCGUUGGAAGGGGAAGGAGUGUCAG